CCCUCCUGCCGUCUCCUCUCCCGGCGCGACCACCACGGCACCACCCUCCUCCCCUCUCCGACACCUGCACACAUACACGCGCAAGAAACGCGAGCACGCACGCGCACGCGCUCGCGCUCGUGCGCAUAUGGGCGCGACGGGGAUGGCGACGGCGGCGGGGACGGCGGUACUGGUGUACCUGGUCCUGUCGGGCCGGCUCUGCGGGGACGCCGCCGACGGCGGCCGGGAGGACCAGCUGAUAUCUUCGGCGAUGUCGGCGGCGGCCGCGUCGAGGCGGCGGAGGAAGGAGGAGGCUCGGGCGCGGCGGGCGUCGCGCGCGCGGCGGUGGCCGGAGCGCGCCCCCGCCGGGUGGGGCGAGGCGGCGGCGCUGGCCGCCAGGACCGUGCGGUUCACCUGGCGCGAGACGAUCGGAAAGUGGCCCCUCGGGGAGCUCGCCUUCGGGAUCAAGUACUACAUGCGGCAGCAGGGUAAUCUGCAGCAUGAGUAUGCUGGAAGCGAUUCUGUACCACUGGAUGGACCUGAGGUGAGGCAGGAGCUGAUUUCACUAAACAGAUAUCUGAGGCUAUGCAUGUAUUUCUCGAAGAAGCCAUACGAUGUGUUUCUGGAGUUUGGUGGAUAUGCCCAGAAUGAUGUUCUUAUAAAGAAAUCUAAGGCUAGGCUCCUGAAGCCUGCUUUCACAGUUGUUUGCGACAGAAGUACCAAAUGCUUUCUCCUUUUCAUUCGGGGGGCUAUCAGUGUUAAGGAACGUCUGACAGCAGCAACUGGUGCAGACGUUCCAUUUCACCAUGUUGUGGUGCAAGAAGGUCGUGUCUCCAACUUAGUGCUGGGGUAUGCCCAUUGUGGGAUGGUUGCAGCAGCUCGCUGGAUUGCAAACCAGGCCAUUCCCUGCCUAAGUAAAGCAGUCGAGCAAUUCCCAGGCUAUGGAAUUAAGAUCAUUGGACAUUCAAUGGGAGCUGCAAUUGCCGCAAUACUAACAUACAUCCUGCGUGAGAAUGAUAAGCUAUCAUCAUCUACGUGUAUUGCAUUUGGGCCAGCUGCUUGCAUGACGUGGGACUUGGCUGAGUCGGGUAAAGACUUUGUUACCACCAUUGUCAAUAGAAAUGACGUAGUGCCAUCUUUGGGCAGAGUUUCUACUUCCAAGCUGCGUACAGAGGUUAUGGCAUCAUCUUGGGUACGUGAACUUCGCGAUCAAAUUCAGCAGACUAGAUUCUUAGGUUUUGUAAACCGUUCUGUGAGUUUCGUCAGAUCCCACGUGCCCUUCGUAUCUGAUCCAAGAUCCAAGGUUGUAGAUGUCGAUAUGCUGCAUUCUCACAGUUCGAAGGCUAGAAGGAAGCCUUCAACGGAUACCAGUGCUGCUGUAAAGAAACGCCCUGCACUAGUUUGCUGGUCAUGUGUUGCUGCACAGAAACAUACUAUCGAAUCUUCAAAACAAACUCAGGACAUGAAAAUUCAAACCGAUGCUGAUGUCAAAAUUGAAAAAAUUACUGAAGCAGAUGCUGCUGAACUAGUCUCAGUCGCUCUUGGAGAUCUAAACCUUCAAGAAUCAGAUAAUGAGGAUGUCGACAGAGAGGAAAUGGAAUCAGCACUGAAAGAAACAGGUGAAGAGGCCAUGGAGCUUCUAGAAUCCUUGACUGAGGAUCAGGAUGUGCAGUCUUCGUCAACCUCUUCUCAAGAGCCCCGCCAGUUAUACCCCCCAGGGAGAAUAUUACACAUGGUUGGAUCGCCAUCAGCAGAACCAAACACUACUGAGCAAGGUGGUCCGGAUGAGGUUGUCACACUUUAUGAGACACCUCGACAUUUGUACAGUAAGAUUCGCUUGGCGAGAUCCAUGAUAGGAGAACAUUACAUGCCCAAAUACAUUAAAACAUUGGAGCUGUUGAUCGACAAGCUUGCAGAGGAGGACAUCCACCACCAACUGGUUGCAUUGUAGCAUCAAAAUUGUGUACAGAAUAAUUACUGUACAGAUCAUGAAAAGAAAAGGCAUUGACUCAGAUUGCUAGUGCUUAGUUCUGGUUGAUUUAAGGUUUUUCAUAGCAAUCAAGAAGCUGUACAUCACUACCAAUUUGACUUUGGUCUGUUGAUUUGCUGUCAUUUCACUUUGACACCCAUCUUCGGAAGAGCUCAAAGAGCUGAACCUGGUGAUGAUUUCAGUAAUUUCAGUCCUAGUUGUUGCUAGGCUAACCCAUGAUAUUCAUCUGCAAGACACGCAAACGCUAAUUGUUUGUCAGUAAGGCAUUCAGUCCUCAAGCUGCAGCAAGUCUUGUUUGUGUGAUCAGUUUACCCACAGAUGUGUACAGUUUAAAACAGCUAUUUUCUUUAGCCAAAUUUCUGAUAUCAAUGUAUUCAGUAUUUGUAGAAUUUGGCACAAUUGUUUCUUUAGCUGAAUUUAUGUGGCUCUGUACAACAAGUACAGUUUAUAACACUGAAAUAGUACCGGUCAUGUUACAGAUCAAAUUAUACUACUACUGAUGUGAUGUUUUUCUAAAGAAAAA